ACACGCGUACGCGAAAGUCUGUUCUGUCUAGCGUCAGUUUAAUCAACCAAUCGAAUGCCACCACGUUAGUUGGUGCAGACCACAUGAUAAGAUUACGUGUGAACCGGCAACAGUGAGUGGAAGUGGCUAUCAUUUUCCAUUGUCAAUGAAAACACCAAGUAUGUUUUUGAGAAAGAGUUUAUUAAUAUUUCUAUUACUUGCACUGUGUACCUCAUUUGUGCGGGCAGUUGAAGGUGAUAAAGAUAAUGAUUAUUUUACUGGAAUCAAAGAAGGUGGGGACCUUGACGAUGAAGCAGAUGAUGAUAUAGAGAAACAUAUAGAGGGUGAUGUCUCUGAAGAGGAAGAAAAAGUUGAAGAACCACCUGUUGAAAGACCUCUUUAUACAAAACCCAAAGUUGUUGGUUUUGCUUAUUUUGCUGAACCUUUCCAUAAUGAAAAGGAUCUUGAUAAAAAGUGGAUCCUAUCUCAAGCUAGGAAAGAAGGUGCUGAAGACAGUAUUGCUAAAUAUGAUGGUCGAUGGAGUAUAGAAGAACCUGAUGUCAAUCCUUUAAAAGGAGAUCUUGCUUUAAUUCUGAAGUCAAAAGCCAAGCAUCAUGCCAUAUCUUGUAAAUUGCAAAAGCCCUAUGAUUUUGUUGGUAAACCUUUUAUUAUACAGUAUGAAGUUAAAUUUCAAAAUGGUAUUGAAUGUGGAGGGGCAUAUGUGAAGUUGUUGUCUAAAGAUAAUUUAGACCUUCUUCAUUUUCAUGAUAAAACAUCUUACACAAUUAUGUUUGGUCCAGACAAAUGUGGUUUGGAUUAUAAGCUUCAUUUCAUUUUUAGACACAAAAAUCCUAAAACUGGAGAAAUUACAGAAAAGCAUGCCAAAAAACCUACAGGAAGUAUUGAAAGUUACUUUACAGAUAAAAAGACGCAUUUAUAUCAACUUAUUGUGAAUCCUGAUAACACUUUCAAAAUAUCUGUUGAUGGAACCGUUGUGAAUGAAGGAAAUUUGUUAGAAGACAUGACACCUCCAGUUAAUCCAGCUAAAGAAAUUGAAGAUAAUAAGGAUCAGAAACCUGGUGACUGGGAUGAUAGAGAGAAAAUAGCUGAUCCUGAUGCAGUGAAACCUGAUGACUGGGAUGAAGAACAGCCAGAAAAAAUUACUGAUGAGGAUGCUGUGAAGCCUUCUGGUUGGCUUGAUGAAGAACCAGAAGAUAUUCCAGACCCUGAUGCUGAAAAACCAGCUGACUGGGAUGAUGAUAUGGAUGGAGAAUGGGAAGCUCCCUUGAUCUCUAACCCAAAAUGUGCAGAUGCACCUGGUUGUGGUGAAUGGAAACCAGGUAUGAUUGAUAAUCCUAAGUACAAGGGCAAAUGGAGGCCGCCAAUGAUUGACAACCCAAAUUACCAGGGUAUAUGGAAACCUAGAAUGAUUCCAAAUCCUGAUUAUUUUGAAGACUUGAAUCCUUAUCAAAUGAUACCUAUUGGUGCUGUUGGAUUAGAGUUAUGGUCUAUGACUGAUUCUAUCAUGUUUGAUAACAUUCUUAUAACAGACAACCUUGCAACAACUACGAAAUGGACUGAAGAUACGUUUGCACUAAAACAAGCUCAGGAAAAAUCUUCCAUUUCUGGUAAAAGUGUAGUGCAAGCUGUUAUUGAUGUGACUAAUGAACGGCCUUGGCUAUGGGCCGUAUUCAUUGUUGUUGUUUUGCUUCCUAUUGUACUUGUUAUUGCCUAUUGCUGUGUAGGCAGCUCAGCAAAGGAUGAAACUGCGGAGAGGAAGAAAACCGAUGCGCCAUCACCUGAUGACAAAGUUAGCGAUGAUUCUGGCAAGGCGAAAGGUGAUUCUGAGGAGGUGAAAGAAGAUUCUGAGAAGAAGAAAGAAGAUUCUGAUAAACCUGCAGAUGAAGGUAAUCAAGAAGAAGAAGAAGAAGAAGAGGAAGAAGAGGGUGAUAAUGCUUCAGGUUCUGAAGAAAAAGUGGAGCCGGUUGAUGGUAGACCUAAAAAACCUUUGAAGGGGGAUCUUGAAGUUGAAAAAGUAAAAAACAGAUGCUGCUGAAAGUGCAGAUGAUGAUGAAACACCCAGAAGACGGCGUUCAAGAAAAGAUUAACAUGUAGCAAAAGUAUUUUCAUUUCCAUCCAGCCAUCAACUUAAAUGGAACUGAAAUGGUACUUCAAAAAUUGUAGCCACUUUCAGUUAAAAGAGCAAUUCAUUUGUGGUGUGAGUUAAAAUAAAAUUGAUUGUAUGUGUGCAUGCAUGUAUGUAUGUAUGUAUGUGUGUGUGUGUGCGUGUAUGUAUAUAUAUAUAUAUAUGUAUAUGUAUAUAUAUAUAAAAUUCAACAAGAACAAGUCUUUUUCUAGAUGGUCAACCCAAUAUUUCAAGUAUAUAAAAAAAUUUUUUAAAAAUUGCAAAUUACAGUUAAUCAACAGAUUAUUGUAUGGGAAAACCAGGAUGGGUUUUCUGUUGAAGCCUUCUGUUAGGCAGGUUUGGCGGGAUUUCGUCAUAAUAGCAAAAAAUUCUAAGUUCUUUACUAUUUCUACAAGCCAUUUAAUUUAAAACAUAUAUACCAAUGGCUUAUAUUACAUACAUACACAUAUACACACACAUGCAAAUACAUAUAUGCAUACAAAGACACCCACACAUAUAUGAACACACAUGUGUGUGAAUCUUUUUCACAAACUUAUGAGUUUAUUUUGAAAAAAAUGUGUUAUUAGAAAAAAAUGAGGCUAAUUGUAUAAUUUUUUUUUUUUUACUUAGAAUUAGUGAAAUAAAACUUACUUUCAUUGUUUUAGAAACAGGCCAAAACUAUUAAGGCUGUCUAGAUUUCAAUCCUGGCUGAACUGCAACACUUUUCUGUAUUUUCAUGUUUUAUUUUUAUUAAUUUUCCUUUUCUUUUUUAAUAAUGGAUGUGUGUUAAAUAAAAAUUGAGUGAAAGAGAAGACACUUGUAGACACAUUAACAUGUAUAAAUACUCCAUUAACCAUAAAA